AUGAACUACGUCAACAGAUGGCAACUGCAUUUUUCCAUAUCACCAAACGAUCUCAGCAGCGAAAGCCACAAACACGAGCAAUCACCAGAAGAGAGAUGUUACUGUUGCAACUGCGAUAUAGCUGCCCAGGGUUAUGUCGUUUCUAAUAAUAAUCCGCAAGAGCACCCGCAGCAUCAGCAUGCAGAAUAUCAACAACUUUAUCAACAACACCAUCAGCAACUACAACACCAUCAGCAACUACAACAACAACAAAUGCAACAGCAACUGCAACAACAGCAACUGCAACAACUACAAUUGCAACAUCAACACCAACAGUGUCAUCAGCAACGAGAGGUUCAGUCUCAGAAAACACCGAAAUUAACCAAAACGAACCAGCCAACGCAGUUUCAUUCUUCUCAGUGUAUCAACCUACAAAAUUCCACCAACGAAUUGAAGAUCAUAUGUUGUCAGUUACUAAAAUUCAUUGAAACAAACUCAUCGGCACAGUCCUGUGAUAUGAGAAAACAAAUAACCAAUUUAGAACAAUCGAUGAAGGAGCUGGAGGUUUCGAGUGGUUUCCUAGAGAGAGCCUGCCAGCACCUGCAGACGACUUGUUGCCGGUUCAACAAGACGUGUUGCGACAUCAGUAAUUUCUGUUGUUGCCAACAACAAGUUUGCGAGGAACUUCGCGACAGUCUGGCGGGAGUUUCAACGGCUGGAGCAGCAGCAGACCUCACAGGUUCUUACACGGAAUAUGAAAACAUAGCAUGUUUCGAGCAGAGCAAUGCUUGCCUACCCACUAAUUUUUCAAAAGUUAAGAACAGAGAGAACAAUCAAGGUUCAAACACGUUUCAAACACAGCUCGCACCGCCACAACAGGCAAUCAGCAAACACCAGCAACAACAAAACUGCCAACAACAGCACCACCAGCAACAAAACAUUUACGAGAACAACGAGCAUUUAUUUGAACAUGAUUGUGCUCUCUCGAAACUUUGCUACAUGUGCUCGGAGCUGCAGCAGCAACAACGUCAACUGUGCGAGAAAAUGUUGUUGAUUGAGAGAAACAUUUUCAAGCAACAGUCCAAACAAAACAGUAACACCCAACAUCAGUACAACAACCACCACCACGAACAACGAAAUUAUUCGAAUGAACAACUUCAUGAUAAGUCGGACAAACAAAUAGCAGCCUCAUGUGCUAACUUCCAUAACAAUUUAUUUGCAGAUGUUUCACACAACAACAAUAACAGCAGCACGUUUGCUCAGGACUUAUCAGAUGAGUUUAACAGAAUGCAGUUGCAACAACAACACCUGACCAACCUGUUGGUAGAGUUACGCAAACAAUUACUGAAAAAGAAAGAUGAGUUGGACCAACAAAAAAAUGAUGGCGUGAAUGUUAUCGAGAACUUUUGCACUGAUGUGACAAAAUCAAACCUCCUGGAACACUUAGAAGACUACAUGUGCCAGGUUUUGGGCCAGUUGAAAGAAAUCUGCCUCCAUCAUCCAGAUUUCAUCGAGAGAGAGAACAAUGGAGGAGUGGAUGGACAAGAUGGAAUGCUAGAGAAGAGGAUGAGUAAUGAUCGUAACAGUCGAAAGUUCUCUUUCUUGCGUGAGAGUGCUAGGAAGAAACAAGAAGCGAAAGACGAUAAGAGGGAUUCUAUAUGUUCAAAUCAGCCGAAAGUAUUUAAAGAGUUAGCGCAGCAGCUGCAACAACAACAGCUACAACUGCCACAACUGCAACAACCACUGCUGCAAGAACUGCCACAAUUGCAACAACAACAGCCACAGCUGCAACAACUGCAACAACAACAAAUGCAACAACAACAAAUGCAACAGCUGCCACAACUACAACAGCAGCAACAACAAAAUUUACAGAAACUACAACUGCGACUUUCGCAACAAUCUCGGAGCCAGCAUGAUUUUAAUCUCUGCCAAACCCAAGUCAUGCAACUUAAGCAAGAAAUUCGACAGCUGAAGGAAGAAUUUUUGUUAAGGAAUCGAAAAAUCUCAACUACAAUGCUGACCCAAACAUCACCGACUCCUCCACUCUUGUUUGCGCCCUCUACCCUUAACCCCACCUCUCUGCCUCCCUCUCUUCCUUCCGUCCAAAAACCAAGCCUUACACAGCAAAGUCAUUGUUUGCUUCCAUUUCUACAAAUGCCUUUCACCCACCCUAACACUGAUAAAGCUCCCUGCCUUCGUGAAGGACUCGCUUCAUCACUAGAAAUCAAACUAGAGCGAACUAAGUCAUUUGCCAACAAAACCAUCUUGGGCAUCGGGAUUAAAAACCAGGAUUUAUAUUUAGUUGACGCGGACAAACCAAACGUUCUGGUUCUACAGCCGCAGGACCUGGUCGAGAUCGGUCAGUUUGAUCUGCCCCUCAUGCAACAGCCAUGGGACUUGGUUGUGGUAGACGGGCUUGUCUUCAUCACGGACUGUUUCAGGCGCAGCAUCGUACAUAGAAUGGACACGGAGAACAAGUUUGUUAACUUUUUUGUAAAUUUUAUCAAAUCAGGUCUGCUGCACGACGUGUGA